AUGACAACUGAAGUGUCGCCCCUCAAGCCUGUACCUCUCACGGACUUGGCAGACCACGAGAAGGAUUGCUUCAUCUGUCUUGAAACCAUAGGAUUAAUUCGAAUCAACGAAAGCACAGGUGAGAGCUCCCCAGCAGAAGCCCCAGUAAGGUUCCGCUGCCCAGGAAAGCACGCCUUUGGAAGGUCAUACAUUGGAACGUGGAUCAAGGACAAGGAGCCCGUCACUUGUCCGUACUGUCGACAACAGCCCGCUCCAGACCUCAGUAUCAACGAGAUCCCUCACAUUAAUGAACCUGGCACACCAUGGUGGAUUGCGGCUCUAAGAGGGGAACAGGUUCAUGUGGAAAUUACUGAGCUCUGGGGAGAGGGCAGAGAGAAUAUUGGUCCACAUGCUCGUGAUAUUGGUGUUACUCAGGAGGAAAUGGUUGAGAUUUAG